GCAACUGGUUCCGGUUGGGAGUAAUAAGUUUGACAUUGGCUGCAUCAAUUAGUGUUGAAAAUGGCUUCAAUGUCUUUAAAUAUGAUAAAACAAAUAAUGAAAGCAAUGGCGGAGACUCGAGGCUUUGAUAGAGUAAUUAGCAAGCUGGACGUUUUGUCUGCCAGCCCAGGCAAGGUGGUGUGUGAGAUGCGGGUAGAAGAGGAGCACACAAACCGUGGAGGGACGCUUCACGGCGGGAUGACAGCCACCUUGGUCGAUGAUGUCUCCACGUUGGCGAUCAUGUACAGUGAGAGGGGAGCACCGGGAGUCAGUGUGGACAUGAACAUAACAUACAUGAAUGCUGCCAAGAUAGGAGAGGACAUACUCAUCACUGCUCAGGUUCUGAAACAAGGACGGACGCUGGCGUUUGCAACCGUUGACCUCACCAACAAGGCCACAGGGAAGCUCAUAGCGCAAGGGAGACACACUAAACACCUUGGCAGCAGCUAAACUGUCUACACUCUGUGCCUGUAUGUAUAUAACAUGAUUUAACUUUACUGUCAGAACAAGCAAAGGACUGGUGUUGGUACCACUUUGUUCCAUAUUUGUUUUCAACAUUUAUAAAUAGGCUAACAUUGAAUCCUAACUUUCACCUACUGUGUCAAUGAUCAUGCACAUGCAAUAAAACAAAUAGACAAGAGAUAAUGCUUUCAGAAUUUGCAUUGUAUUGGGAUAUGCUCAGCAGUAUUGAUUUGAGAAUCAACAGAAAAAAAACAGGUUACACGCCAUAUACCCUUUCAACUGAACACACUGAAUCAACAAGGAGCAAAAUUAAAUGUACUAAAUGUACUUCAUAUUCUUUUGACAAGCAAGCCU